AUGUCGACAUACAAGUUGCACUAUUUCAACGGCCGAGGCCGCGCCGAGGUGUCUCGGCUUAUUUUUGCUGCUGCUGGCCAAAAGUUUGAAGAUAUUCGCUACGAAGGCAGUGAAUGGCCAUCACACAAGUCCGAAAUGCCCUUGGGUCAGAUGCCGGUUCUCGAAUUUGAUGGAGUCAAAUUGCCCCAAUCAUUAUCGAUUGCUCGUUUUCUUGCUAAACAAUUUGAUCUCGGAGGCAAAGACAACCUUGAGCAGGCCAAAGUCGAUGCUGUCGUCGAUACAAUGGUUGACGGGGUGGCUAAAUUUGGACAGAUUCGCCGAGAAGUUGAUGAAGCCAAGAGACAAGCAGACAUGGAAAAGUUCAUUGUCGAUGAACUACCGAAACAUAUGCAAAACCUUGAAGUUCUGGCGAAGGCAUACAACAACGAUGGCCCAUUCUUUGUUGGAAAUCAUCUGACAUGGUGCGAUCUAUUCGUCUAUGAUAUGCUCGAAAAUGUUCUUCAUGUCGAUGGCAGUGCUCUCAAUCGUUAUUCCUGGUUACAACGCAAUCGUCAAGAGGUCGAGCAACAACCGAAAAUUGCCGCCUAUCUCAAGAGUCGAUCGCAGACACCAUUUUAA